AUGGCAUCGAUCACAAACCACAAGAUUUUGGAAACAUCCCACAGGGCUAGAGAAAACGCAAAAUAUGAUACUCACAGGUCACAUGGCAUCGAUUGCUCACAACUGGUCAAAACCGACCCCAUAGCUCUUCAACGGAUAUUCUUAGUAAUCGGCGCUGAGAGAAUCAAAAUUGAUGUUGGAAAAGGAGGUCGUGGGCCCCGCCGGAGUUUUGAUCCCGCUGACCAGGGUCGACGACAGCAGGAACUCGAGGAGCUUCCGGCGAUCGCUUCGGUACCGGCGCAGCAGGGGGCUCGGAGACUCCAUCAUAAAAAUUCAAUCUUUUGCGCAGAAAAAAAAGACGAGCUGAGCUCCUCCUUUCCUCGGAGUGAAGUGGGAACAAUGGAGAAUGAGAAAUGGAGUUGUGCUAUUUUUCUACGGGGACCAGAAAGACUGCUUUUCGAGGAGCGCGAAAAAAGCCGACGGCAUGAAGACUAA